CUGAAGAACAAAGCUUGUGGUAGUUUUGAAGUUUUGCAGAGACCCAAAGUUUAUUGAGAACAGUGUGACCCCCUGCUUCAUAUAGAUAGCUCGCUGUCUAGCAUUAAAUGCUAGUUCUCACUUGAGUUACACUAUGCUAUUUCAGCACCACCUGCAUGCGCAGCUGUCGCUGUUUUAAUACAACAGGCCGGGCGCAAAACGCACCAACUGUCAAGCGGCAGUUGUAGGCUACCAGUUUAAGGCCAGCAGUGUAUUUCAAGAUUCCUUGAAUUAUAUUGAAAAUCGGGCUCAUCACGGGAUUGCUGGGAAGAAGAAGAUCAGUACAGAUUGGGACUUUGGAGAGGGAGGAAGCACUCUGAAAAGGUGUUAUCUGAAUCAUACGCCACUCUCAAGGAGAUCUUUCAGACACCAAAGACAACUUCUCUUCCAAAGAGGACUUCAACCCAGGCUAUUGCCGGCCUGCUGCCUAGUCUCCUGCUGCCAUGGCGGACACCGACAUUGAGAUCCUGGAGGACCGUGACAAGCUGAAACGGAGCAUGGUGAAGGUGCUGGAGUGCGUGGCCACCAUCUCGUCGGCGGCCGCCGUGGUCAACCCCAUCUUCGGUGUGGCCGGCUCGCUCAUCCGUGUGGUGUUGCACCACAUCGACGACGAGGAGAUCAAGACGCUGAAGCGCGAGUUUGGCAGCGUGCACCGUGCCCUAGACGAGCUCUCGCAACAGCACCGCAGUGCCCUGCUCCAGAUCAAGAAGGAGACACUGGACGGCCAGUACUGCCGCGUGGAGGAGAACCUCCGCAACCAAUUCCGCAAGUUCAUGGAGGUCGUGGAGGCGCGCCCCGGCACACACCAGCAGCGCAAAAAGGAUGACUUCGAGGAGAGCUACGCCAACGACAUGGGCGACCAGAAUCUGCACACGCUCUACGAGGGCGUGAUGGGCAAGCCCAAGCUGUUCAGCCGGCCCAUCCUGGAGGUGUACAUGAAGCACUCGCAGGGCGACCGUCGCGUCAUGGAGCACCUCUGUACGCGCCUCACCUACCUCUUCUGCAUCGGCCUGAUCGCGCUCAUGGGCUACGCCGCCAUCAUCGGUGACGACGAAGAGGGCCUGAGCGAGGAGUGGACCGAGAAGAUGGAGAACGUCCAGGAGUGCAUGCAGGACGUGCUGAGGAGGUGCAAGUGAGGAGGCCAGAGGAGGCGAGGAUGCUCCCUCCCGACUGCUCCUUCUUCUCAUGUUACCAUGCAUUGGACCUCCCCUCCCCCCUCCUUCUCCCAUACCUCCCUCAAAGACUCUUCUUUUCUCUUUCUUCUUCUCUUUUUCUUACUGUGUUACAUUCUCUGUAUGCAUACAGCAAUCUGAGAUUCCAUUCCUAAAGCUCCUGGUAUAGUGAGCAGGCGACCCAGAAUGUUGUAGAGCUUGAGAGGGUCUCAUGCUGUGAUGCAGACUGCACUUUCUCUCUCACUCACCUGUGCUUGUGUACUGUUCAGGCCUGAUAGAAGUGUUUUUCUGUUCUUCUUUCUGAUCUCUGCACUUUUUUUUUCUUUUUCCAACAAUCGUAGUGAAUUCCUGCUGGCUUUGUGAGGGUACGAAACUAGCUCUCAUAGUUGUUCAGGCAUAUUUAGCAGCAGUUAGGCAGAUUAGCAGCAGUUAGGCAGCAGAAAGGCAGUUCCACCAUCAUAUUCUACCAUAAUCCCGCAUCCUACCAUGUAUGAUGGAGUGUCGAAGAACAGUGGCGUGAACAACAUAGCCUCAUACUGUAUGCAUGACUGGUCUGUGACCGCACUAGAGCAUUAACACAGCACAGCACAGGAAGACAGACCUGAAGGUCAUAUGAAAAACGCUAAUACACUUGCUAAUACCACUGAGUGAGUAGCCUCACACAAACACUAUUGCUAUUACUACUAUCUAUUACACCAUAUACAUGUACAUGACACUAAGAGAAGUGGUCAUAUGCUGGACACUUCAUGUUUCACAAUUUACCAGAACAAAUUAUUCCAUAUACUACCACCACUAUCACAAAACCUGCUUUUUUGUAUAUAAUAUAUAUAUAACAAUAAGCAGAUUUCUUCUGCCGGUUUCUUAGUUCAGCAAGGUCCAGAUUUACUCUCAAAACAGAACACUAUAGACCCAAAGUAGAUUACAACUACCCAAAGUAGAUUACAACACUAGAGUCAGUUUGAUGGUAAUUCUGAUUUGAAGUUGAACUGAUCAAACCCUUUCAUCCUUAGUGUAAACAGAACCCGUCAGAAACAGCACGGUUUCAUUACACCUCAUUGUUCAAGCACUACAACGCACACACACACAUUGUGCUGUCAACAGCAUGUCAUAUUCUUCAGGGAUUGAAUAUUAUGGUAAGAGAUGUCAAGUAUUGCCGUAACAAACAAGUCAGUGAAAAGAAAAGGUCAACAUUCUAUACAUAGGAAUGCAUAGCCCUUUGGUGAAUGCUCUGUUAAAGAAUCAAUUAUAUUGAUUAAAAUGAAGAUAUAUAUGUUCCUUUUAACAUGCACAUUUUUGCCAUCAUACUUUGUUAUUUUCUUUUUUAAUUUAGUCAAAUUCUAAUAUUAAUGCCAUUGAAUUAAUGUAAUUUAUAUAUUUUUCAUAAUUUUCCCAUUAUUUUACCAAAAAGCCUUCAGUGCCUCUAUGGUGUAAUAUAUACAUGUUAUGCUCCAAGGCUUCAAGUUUCACAUGUUUCAGAAUUGUCUUUAAAAAGAUUUGAAAUAAUAUCAUAAUUUUCAGCAGCAAAGCAUUGCUGUAUUGACAAAUUCAAUUAAAUAUUUAGUUGAAGGAAAGUCCAACUGGACAUUACAAUACGCAAAUGUGUUCUUGUGAUAUAUUCAGCAAUUUCCCUAUAUUAUGUGACGUUCAAUUCUCUGUUGCAUAAUGCUUUCAAUAAAGAUAUAUAAUAAAACCUA